CACCCUCUCCAGGGAUGGCUCUGAGCUCUCGGGCGCACGCCUUCUCGGUGGAAGCCUUGAUGGGCAGACCCAGCAAAAGAAAACUGCGAGACACAAGAGAGGAGGCGCAACUUGAGCUGCUUGAGAAAGAGAGUGGAGAGGCGGAGGAGGAGAGAUGGAGCAGCGCCGCAGGAAGGAAGAGCGAGCAGACUGAAAAGCGACCCAAGACAGAGCCCUUAGCAACUACUUUCUCAGGCUGUGGAAGCGGCAGCGGCGGCUGCAACAGCUUCGGAAGUCUGGAAGAAAGAGAUUCUAUCCAAGUGGAGCUUCAAGGAUCCGAGCUGUGGAAGAGAUUUCAUGACAUUGGAACUGAGAUGAUCAUUACCAAGGCGGGCAGGAGGAUGUUCCCCUCUGUUCGGGUCAAGAUAAAAGGACUGGACCCAGGGAAACAGUACUAUGUGGCCAUCGAUGUGGUGCCGGUGGAUUCCAAACGCUAUAGGUACGUGUAUCACAGCUCGCAGUGGAUGGUAGCCGGGAAUACAGACCACUCAUGCAUCACUCCCAGGUUCUAUGUUCACCCGGACUCACCUUGCUCGGGAGAGACAUGGAUGCGUCAGAUCAUCAGCUUCGAUCGCGUGAAACUCACCAACAAUGAGAUGGACGACAAAGGCCAUAUCAUUCUGCAGUCCAUGCACAAGUACAAGCCCCGUGUGCAUGUGAUGAAGCAGGAAAGCAGGGUUGACAUGUCCCGGAUUCAGUCCCUGCCUGCUGAAGGGGUUAAAACAUUCUCCUUUAAAGAAACUGAGUUUACCACGGUGACAGCUUACCAAAACCAGCAGGUAAAGCCAACUAAGUCCCAG